AUGCACUCGACACUCGUGCGUGCCCAGACGGCCUUCGGCUUCUUCACCACCGUAGCCUUCUGCGUCGCCGCCCUCAUUGCCCUCUCUGGCUUCGUCUCGCCGCAGACGCCGUCUGCGGAUAUCAAGCUCCGGAAUGUGCAAGUGGUACGAGGCCGACCGAACUACUACAGCACAAAGAAGGAGGAAUAUGCGCACAUCAAGUUCGACCUUGACACCGACCUCUCCACCCUCUUCACUUGGAACACAAAACAAGUUUUCCUCUACAUAACCGCAACCUACCCCUCCCUCAAACCCAGCGAGCCCCCCUCCUCCGCCAUAAUCUGGGACGCGAUCCUCGCCUCCCCUUCCGCGCCCUGGCACCAAAACCAGUACGAGGCCCCCGGCACCCCCGACACCCGCAAGUCCGAUCCCGAAGCUCAGAAAGCCAUUGCAGCGCCAGGCAUCCUGCACCUGCAGAACCAGCGCCCGAAAUACCAGAUCACAGAUUACACGGGCAAGGUGGCGAACAGGUCCGACGUGGUGCUUGAGCUGGGCUGGAAUGUGCAGCCGUGGGUUGGGGCGCUGACGUGGAGGGGGUGGAGCGAUUGGGGGGUGUGGAAGGGGUUGAAGGGGGGCAGGACGGAGAGGUUUGGGUUCCCGGGAGUUAAGGAGAGGGUCAAGGUUCAGAAGGAGGAUCUGGGAACGGCGAAGGGCGGGGAGGGGAAUAGAGGCAAGCCGGCGUAG